AGACCUCGGCGUGUGGUGGAUUUGGGGUUUUUCAGCACAAAUAGGGUGGCUGGAGUUUGCUUAAAGGCAUUAAUUGACUUCUGUGAUCACGAUGAAAAUGCUGGUGUAAGGCCUUCGGGAGACGAUGGAGAAAAGAUGGACAUACUGUGCAGUCUAUUCCAUCAUCCAGAUACACUUUGUCAGGGGAGUAUGGGAAGGAAAAGUCAAUGCAGGAGAAGACGUUUAUGCUUUACCUGGCUCUGAUGUCAACCUGACCUGCCAAACACAGAAGAAAAGCUUGAUACAAACGCAGUGGUCCAGGGAGGUGGACCUCAUUGCUCUUUAUCAUCCCCAACAUGGCUUCCACUGUCUCAGCGGGAUUCCCUGCCAGUCACUGGUGACUUUCCAAGAAAUUCCUGGGAAUGUGAUACAAUGGACUCUGCACUUAAGGAACAUGUCCACCUCACUCAGUGGGAAGUAUGAGUGCAGCUUUACUCUGUACCCAGAGGGCAUUCAGACUAAAACCUACAACCUUCUCAUUCAGAAAAGUGUUACACAGGAUGAAUGGAGAAGAAACAAUACAAAAGAAGUAGAGCUGAAUCAGACUCUGGAAAUACCAUGCUUUCAAAAUAUCACCUCAGAAAUUUCCUCUGAAUUUACCUUUGCAUGGUUGGUGGAGGAUAAUGGAACCCAGGAAACGCUCAUCACCCAAGGUCAGCUCAUCAGCAAUUCUAUAUCAUUUAAAGACAGAGUCAAGCUAGGGGCAGACUACGGGCUCUACCUCUCUCCAGUCCAAAUCCAUGAUAACGACCGGAAGUUCUCUUGCCAAGUUACAAUCAGGCCUGGCAAAACCUUGAGGAGCUCUACCACGGUCAAGGUUUUUGCUAAGCCAGAGAUCUCCAUGAUUAUGGGAAAUAACUCCAUGGGAAAGAGAACAUUUACCUGCUCACUGAGGAAUGUGUUCCCUACAGCGAAUCUCACAUGGUUUACAGACAGUGGCUUUCCUCGAGGUGAAAGAAAAGAAACAUACAUUCCUAAUGAAGAGAGAAAAGACGAAAGUGGAUUUUUGAACGUGAAGUCUGUUUUCACACCGGGGUAUGGCAAUAACCCAGCCCAGGCCAAAAACCUGACCAUCUGGUGUGUGGCUCUGAUUCCAGUGCCUGGAAAUAAAGUGCAGAAUAUCUCAUCUGAAAAGAUCAUUUUUUCCUUGGGCUCAGUGAACCCUCCAACAGACCCUGCACCCACUGUGACAGAAUCCACCCUCGACACCCAGCCUUCUCCAGCCACCAGCACGUCUCCUACAGGGUAUCCAGCUACAUCUUCAAAUGCCCUCAUAGAUGUGAGUGCAUCGACUCCAAACAACAUGCCUCAAACUGGCAAUUCCCAUGUGACUGCCCAAGGCUUCAACUACUCCUGGACCUCCAGUGGGAGAGACAUUGAAACCUCAGCUUCAUGGACGCCCAGUGAAACACACAGUUCAUUCCCCUCAGGCGCAGGCUCAACACCUCACGGAGAUGACAUCACCAGCACAAGCAAAGCAUUUUCAGAAGUCCCCACAACUGCCAAUAGAUCUACUAAAAAUAAUUACAUCCAUAUCACUGAUAUUGUGGCUAAUAAGCCCAAAGAUGGAAUGUCCUGGCCAGUGAUUGUAUCGGCUUUGCUCUUUUUCUGCCUGGUACUGUUUGGUCUGGGAAUGAGAAAGUGGUGUCAGUACCAACAGGAAAUCAUGGAAAGACCCCCACCUUUCAAGCCACCACCGCCUCCCAUCAGGUACACUUGCAUUCAGGAGUCCAUUGGAAGUGAUCUGCCCUGUCACGAAAUGGAAACACUCUAGUUCUUUGAGACUUUGCCAUACAAUGAAACUCUGGUAGAAUCCUAUUGAGAAGGUCAAUAUUUUGCUUUAUUAAAUAUUUGCCCCCAACCAAGCCUCUCCUACAGCUGCAGUGGGUGUCAGAAGAGAAUGACCUGCUUUCCCAGCAACUUGUCCCCUUUCAGCUGCAUAUGCCUUUAAAGAAGAGUGCGAGGGUAUGUUUGCUGAUACUCAAUGCAAUCUGUAGGAAUGUUCUUGCUUAUGUAAGAAGUGUGAAUUAGGCUGCUGCCAUUAAAAAUACUUGCAGUGUUUUUAUUCUUCAUUUUAAUUAUCUGACUACAGUGACAACAAGGGUUUCAAGCAUAUGUUCGUACCAGACCUUUUUCUCUAUGGGCAUCUGCCAACUUUCUAAACUACUUGCCAAAAACAUGAUAAUCUCUGAGGUUUGUCGCAUUCCCUAAGAACAUAAAGCUCUAGCAAGAGUUCCAAAUAAUGGGAAAGUGCCAUUUGUCUUUAUAUUGAAAUUCGGCUGUUUACUUUCACCAGAGGGAAACAGAAUAUCCUUCGCAAGAACCCCAGUUCCAAUCCUUGUUUACCUUUUCUCCCAUUAUGUUCAGCCCAGGAUCCUGACCCAUGGGACGGGGAAGGAUCGAAGAGACAACUAGCAACAACCAAGUAGCCUAAUAAAUACAACCUUUAACUGUCUUCUAAAAUUACAUGAACUAAGAGUGAUCUCAUUCUCAGUUUUACCUCUGUAUGUGUGCAUGUGUGUGUGUGUGUGUGUGUGUGUGUCAAACCAUUGGCAAACUGUUAUAUAAGUAAAUGGACAGCCCAACGCUAAUCCAACUCACUUAAUUCCCUUUAUUCUCUUUUUCAUUGGGGACUUUGCUGUUCAUUCAGUGUUCCUGUUCUGAUAUGUCUUAAAACAAAUAAAGAGCCUCAAGUCAGACUAGCAUUGAUGAGUUAACCCUGCUCCUACCAAUCUUUUAUAAAACAUUUCAAACAGAGCAUAUAGGUGGUAGAGAAAGAAGCCUCAUCAGCCUGACCAGCUCUGGAUCCAGCAACAGUUUGUGAGUGAAUAAAUUACUGAUGGCCCUUGUUCCUCUAAACCUUGCCACACACCUCUGCCCCAGGAGGGAAGAACAGAGGUUGCUGACACCAAAUUCUGUCUGAAUUUUAGUCCCAAGAGGAACCUUUACUUAAUUUUCAGUGUACUUAUCCCUGACUACACAUGAGAAUAACAUGGAGAACUUUUUUGAUAGUAUGUCUGUACCUCCUGAUCAACUUAAUCAGAAUCUCCAUCAGGUUAGGCCCAGACACACGCACUCACAGAGUCAAGUAUUCAAUCAAAGUUGAAAACUGCUGAAUGAGAGGUAGUCCCUUCUCAUUGAUUAAAAUCUCAGUUAAGUGCUUAAUUCUUGUGGUGGCCAGCCUCCAAGAUGUCCCCUAUGAUUCUUGCUUUUUAUGUAGUCCCCUCUGACUCUGAGUACAGCUGACAUGUACAGCUGGUCAGGACUAGAUUAAGGCAAACAAGGCAGCAAAGGUGUAAACUUUAAGGACAUAUUUACACUCAGGGUCAUACACUUACACAAUCUUAUGAGUGAGUACAAGUCCUAGGGCUGGUAUAACCAAUAAAAUAUUGCAGAAAUGACCAGAGUGUGAUUUCCAAGACUAAGUCAUAAAAUAUUGUAGCUUCUGCUUUGAUCUCUUUUUGACUACUUGUUCUGGAACAAGUCAGUUGCUAUGCUGUAAGGACACCUAAGAAGCCCUAUUGAGAAGCCCACCUGUCAAAGAACUGAGGUCUCUUGCUAACAGCAAGUAUCAUCUAGCCAGCCAUGUGAGGCAUCUUGGAAGCAGCUUCCCCAGCACCCACUCAAGUCUUCAGACAACUGUACCUGCAUUUGAUCUUUCGACUGGGACCUCAUGGGAUCCAGAACCAUCCAGCUCAGCCUCCUCUGAAUUCCUGACCCACAGACACUAUGUGAGAUCAUUAAUACUUCUGAUAUAGCCCAAUGAGUGGAAAAAAUAAACUAAUGCUUGCCAGCCUG